AUCAAUUUUUACUACUUUUUUACACUUCCAAUAUGGAAAUUCAAUUAUCUUCAUUUGCUUCUUUUCUUCUCAUAAUUCUCGCCUUCAUGAGCUGUUUUUCUGAAGCAACUGCCGGCCGUGGUGGCAUUCACGGUGGAAUUGCGACGUACUGGGGCCAAAACAUAAGAGAAGGACGGUUGACCGCGGCCUGUACCACCGAAAAGUUUCAAAUUGUCAACAUUGGGUUCCUCUCCACGUUCGGUAACGGUCAGUCGCCGCAAGUGAACCUAACGCGCCACUGUAAUCCUAUAUACAAUGGCUGCUGGAAUGUGAGUGCUGGUAUUGUCAACUGCCAAAACGGCGGCGUUAAAGUCAUGCUCUCUGUCGGCGGCCCUCAUGGAAACUACUCCCUCUCCUCCGUCACGGAGGCUGUUGGCCUCGCCGACUAUAUAUGGAACAACUUCCUCCACGGCCACUCAACUUCACCACGGCCGUUCGGUUAUGCACCAUUGGACGGCGUGGAUUUCAGGUGUGUUGAACUUGAGUAG